AGUGAGUGAUCAAAAUGCAGGCAUAUCCUCAAGGCCAACAACCGGUGAUCAACCAACCAGCUGUGACGGUUCAGCCAGCAGCACAGACAGUAAUUCAGGUGACUCAAGUGACUGGCAAUCCCAUGAUGCCUCGCGGGCCACCACGUGAGUGGACUACGGAUAUGUGCGGAUGCUGUGACGAUAUGACCAUUUGUCUGUGUGCGACAUUUGUGCCCUGUUAUCCAUGCAUGCUGGCCGCUGAUAUGGAUGAGUCCUGUUGCGUGCCUAUGUGCAUCCCGUCCGCUCUCAUCUCUAUGCGUGCAGUUGUACGUUCACGCCACAACAUCACUGGCAACCUGAUGAACGAUUGUGUUUGCACGACUUUCUGUGGCUAUUGCGUCACCUGCCAGCUGGGACGCGAAGUGCAGAUGAUCAAGAAUGGACGCGCUAUCCCAUAAACGCAUGUCGUGACGUCACAGUCGCUUGAGGAGGCUACGAAAGAGACGCGAGGAAAAGGGGCGGGGGGAUAGCAUGUUGUAAAAUUUCGAAUUGAUUUAAUGUAAUUCACUUCACGUUCUUUCACUUUUUUAAUGGUUGUGCC